AUGCCUUCCAAAACGAAAAAAGAAGAUUUAACACAAUUAGUUGCACACUUAACAGAUCGAGUAAGUGCACUUGAAACAAAUCUUUCAUUGAUUUCUUCUCGUCUUAUUAGAUUAGAAACAAAUCAGAAAGAUAUGGAAAAGACAAUUGAUAAGAUUGCUAAAAAUGCGAAUAAAGAAGUUACACCAGUUAUAGAAACACAACCAGUUAUAACAAAGUAUUUUUAUGAACCAUAUCUUGAUAUAUUAAAGAAAUGGACAAAGAAAGAAAUAUGUCAAGUUGUUUAUGAUUCAAUAAAUGAUGGAUUAACAGCACAUACUAUUAAUCAUUCAAUUGAAAUGAAAUCAAAUAUUAUGAUUUUAGUUAAAACUGAUAAAGGGGAAAUUUUUGGUAGUUAUAAUACUACUCAAGUUCCAAAAUCAGAAGAUAGUGGAUAUGGGUUUUAUAUAAACAAAGAUAUGGAUUUCUUUAUGUUUAGUUUAAAAGGGAAUAUUAAAACACCAACUAAAAUUACUAAAAAGGAUAAAGUUUAUUCAUUAAAAGUUUAUUCUAAUGAUAAUGAUGAAUGGGUUAUUGGAACUCAUUGUGGAUUUUAUGUUGGUGCAUCACGUAAUUCUUUUAUUUCUAAUAAAUUAAAAAUGUUUUAUGAUGGAGAUAUUACUUCAGAUUCAUUAACAGGUUCACAUUUUCCAGCUACAUUUGAUGUAUCACAAGUUAUAGCUAUUCAAUGGAAAUGA